AUGACUCGAAGAGGUAGCACAACUUCAACGCAAGCGACUUUGAUUCCAGGUCACACAAACCGAUGGAACAACUUGCCAUUCACUCUUGUUGGCACAACCACACCUCAGUUACCAAUACUCGGCUCGACCUCCAUGGAGAAUGAAGGCAACAUCGCGAUAAUCAAAUCUGCCCAGAGAGCACAACUAAUGCCGCAUAUCGCAGGCUACUCAAUCUCACACGGUCGGCCAACCCCUAUCAACGUUCUCAUCAACGUCAUCACCUACACAACGGCAGCAACCGCUCUGCAACGUCAACGAUUUCACAACGUCGCCAACCGCUCUCUACAUCAUCGUCUUCAAACAGUCGACGAUCCCGCUCAAAGCCAGCUUCUUCGCAACGUCAACGCCGCUCAUCGAGACUACUCAAUCUCAACCGGCAGACCACAUCUCAUUAACGUCAGUGCCUCCACACCGGCAACGAUCGCUCAUCAAGGUUACCGAUCCCACACCGCCAACAACCAUCUAACAACGCCAGAUUCUCCGCACCAUAAGCAACACUACACGUCGACGACCACUCAUCGAGACAAGCAAGUCCUAUACCACGGGCCAUCGCUCUUCAACGUUACGACUCCUUACCAUCCACAACCCCAACUCCUCAGCAACCUCAUCAUCUCUACAUCGCCGACGAUCGCUCUCAACGCCAGCGUCUCAGCAAACUCAACAUCACUCAACGAGGUUACCAAAUCAGACAUUGCCUACUACCUUUCAACAACGUCCGAAUCGUCAGCCAUACCCAUUAGCGACAGCAUCUCCACACCAUCGCGACCGCUUUCAACGUCAACGACACAGAUCGGAGCUACUCGUCCAUUCCUUUGGAAGCUACUCGAACGUCAUCGUCUCCACACUGUCGACGACGCCUUAUCACCGUUAACGACCUUACACCACCAGCUGUCUACUGCUUCAACACCUGUUAAGAACUCACCUGACUCCUUGUGA